AUGUCGACAUCCUACCGACUCCACGCCUCACCCACACUAUUACUGCUCGCCCUGGUAGCUAUUCUCACCUGCGGUCCGAGCCAGGUGUACGGUGACGUGCGCCCGGGAUGCGUGAACAAGUACAAAUGCCCGACGCGCGAGUCGCGGCAAUGCGGAGUCUUCUACAACUGCAUGCCAGGAUCCACGGCCAGCAUCGCCAAGGCAUCUAUCACCACAUGCGGCAGCUGCUCCUUUAACGAGCCCAAGAAGGCGUUCGCUUCGGUGUGCAACUACGAAUAUGGCCGAUGCGUUGCCAACACCAUUGAUGGGAAAGUCUGCACAGCAGAUACGCAGUGCACGGCUCCCGGCGUUACAGGCUUCACGUGCCUCCCAGUCAAGACGAACAAGACGCUGAAACGAUGCUGCAGGAAAAAAUGUCCCCCCGGCAUGUGCGGAGCUCGGCUGAAGCCACUCACGUACACGAAUGCAUGUGGAGAAAAGAUCACAUGCCCUGGAGUGUGCCCUACCACAACCACUUGA